GUCUUUGGUAGACGAGAACUUUUCCUAAUUGGAAAAGAAAUACGAGAGGAGGAAAGAAGGAUGAAGCUUCUGUAGGGCAAGAAAGUUAGAGCUGUGAGAGAGGAGUGAAUGUGGGGCUUCUACUUCCGUCUUUGGUGAAUUGAAUGGUGACCCAUUAAAACAGACGCCACUCACCACCGCCUUCUUCCCCCCAACUUGCAACUGACGGCCGUCCCUGUUAUUUUUUUCGUCCCACAAACAAAUAUUUAAGAGAGGUAGAGAAAGCUGCUGGCUUCCUCCUUCCUCUCUGUUGUAUCGUUGUCUUCAACAAGCUACCUCCUCCAGCUCCUUCAUUCUCUCCUCCAAAUCUGAUAUUUGCUCAAUCACCCCCUUUCUCCCCAGGAAGAGAUAUCACAUUCCGCCUCCUGAAUCCCAAUCGCAGAAUAACCCGAACCUGCUUUCCUUCUUCUUCUUCUUCAUCUGUUUUCCGUUGAGAUUUCUGUUUCGUGGUUCUGGGUUGAGAUUUUCCCCGGUUCCUCUUCUCACAGGUAAACUUCCCUUCCCUUGCCUGUCUGUUGCUCGCCCUUCUUCUUAUUCUACCAAACGAUCUCUUGAUCCGCGGACAUGGGUUUUCUGUAAUGAUUUCUGCCUUCGAAGAUUUCCGCUUUCAUGUUCCCCCCUCCCAAAUGUUUGGUCCUGUGAACUUUCAGAUGUUUCUGACAAACCGGAGGGAUCUUUUUCUUCUUUUAAUGCACAAGGAUACUUAACUGCCAUCUGGGUUUUGGAUCUUUUGGUUGAAAGCUUCGUACUUUAGUUUCUGUGUUUGCCCAACUUCCCUCCAUUGGCGUUUUCUCCAACAUCUAUCUGCAUAGGUUGAAUCUUGAGUUGGAGGCACUGUUUAACCAUGGGGGAGGCUCCAGCUUUCUACGCUGACAACCUGCAGAAUGGCUUUGAUAUAAAAACAAUCAAAGCCUGCGAAACCUCCAUUAGCAUACAGUGUAAAACAUAUGUCAUUGGUAGUAGUGAUGACGCCUUCGUGGUUCGGAUCUGUGAUCAAACUACUGGGAAUUGGGUCAUUCCUAACAUUCUCGGAACAAAACCAAAGCCAGGUAAAGGCUAUUCAGCUGCGGCACUGAAUGAAGAUCGAAUCGUGAUGAUUAAGAAGGGAUCUUCCUCAGAUGACUGCAUUUGGUUUCUUGAGGUGGACACUCCAUAUGUCAAGGAGCAGAAACAAAUUCUUGGCGCUGAGGUUGUAGCCUGGAGUAAAGGUGUAAGAGGCAAUGCAGAGGCACCAAUUGUCAUCAGUGGUCCUUCCGGAGUAGGAAAAGGAACGUUGAUAUCAAAGCUCAUGGAGGAAUUCCCAUCCAUGUUUGGAUUCUCUGUGAGUCACACAACCCGAGCACCAAGGGGCAUGGAGCAGGAUGGUGUACACUACCAUUUCACUGAAAGAGCUGUUAUGGAGAAGGAUAUCAAAGAUGGAAAGUUUCUCGAGUUUGCCUCUGUCCAUGGCAACCUUUACGGAACCAGCAUUGAAGCCGUCGAAGUGGUGUCAGAUUCUGGAAAGCGAUGCAUCCUUGAUAUUGAUGUUCAAGGAGCAAGAUCUGUGAGGGCAAGCCCUCUGGAUGCAGUCUUUGUCUUCAUAUGCCCCCCAUCCAUGGAUGAGCUUGAGCAUCGCCUUCGUGCAAGAGCGACAGAGUCUGAGGAGCAGAUCCUUAAGCGACUGCGCAAUGCGAAGGCUGAGAUCGAGCAAGGCCAAUCCUCCGGCAUCUUUGACCACAUCCUCUAUAAUGACAACCUCGAAGAGUGUUACCAAAGCCUUAAAAAAAUUAUUGGCUUGGAUGGACCUGUGGUUGCUACCCAGAAAACAGCAGCGCCUCUAGGAAUCAAUCUCCCGGAAGAGCAUUCAGUGUCGGCAAUGGAUAGCAAAAUCAUCAUCAAGGGUGGAACUGCAGAACUAGAGAAUGCCUCAAAGAACUUGAUUGUGUUGGAUGUGUCCUCUCUCAAGGGAGGAGCUCCAGGGCGGACGAGAGGACUCGAGUUGCACGCUGUCGACUCCUUCUCCGACGGCCUGACCUCGGAUUGCUGACAAGAGAAGAGCCCCCCGGAAACUAACUUGAAUGCUGACAUGCUGUUUAUUUUCAUCUACGCCAUUUCUUAUUUAUUUACUAAGUGGGAAAUAUAGCAGCAGUGAGUCAGUGACAGAAAGCUUCAUUGAUAGACUUCAAAACCUUCACAUGAUAACUUGCAUAUCUUGGUUCUUUAUAGUUUUGAUGGCUUCCUUUCAUAGUUUCAUUCCAUUCAGUCCUAUCCUAACUUCCUUGCUUCUGGUACCCGAUCGCCUUCGUGAUCGGCUUCCAACACACCAUAACUAGUAAUGCACUUGCUCGCCGCGUUCUCUACAAUAGCCCGAACUGCUAACUGGACAGUUGCCGAGGCAUCAAAAUAGCGCUUACGCGCCUAUUCGCA